UCAUGUGUGUGUGUGUGUAAAGAGUUUAGUUUCCCUUCAUAAAAUCUCACCACUACAUUCUUGUUUUUCUUCCAUUGUGUCACCCUGCAUUGUCUCCUUCACUAUAGUCACUACCAAAUCGAUAUGGAAGCCAGCGCCGGACUUGUCGCUGGCUCUCAUAACCGCAAUGAGCUUGUUGUCAUUCAUGGCCAUGAAGAGCACAAGCCUUUGAAGAACUUGGAUGGUCAAGUGUGUGAGAUAUGUGGUGAUGAGGUGGGACUCACGGCGGAUGGAGACUUGUUUGUGGCCUGCAAUGAGUGUGGUUUUCCGGUGUGCCGGCCGUGCUAUGAGUAUGAAAGGAGGGAAGGCAGCCAACUUUGUCCACAAUGCAAAACCAGAUACAAGCGUCUCAAGGGGAGUCCAAGGGUGGAGGGAGAUGAAGAUGAGGAGGAUGUGGAUGAUAUUGAACAUGAAUUUAACAUCGAGGAUGAAAGGAACAAGCAUGACCAUUCUGCAGAAGCCAUGCUGUAUGGGAAGAUGAGCUAUGGAAGAGGUCCUGAAGAUGAAGAUAAUGCUCAAUUCCCAGCUGUCAUUUCUGGUGGUCGAUCUCUUCCUGUGAGUGGAGAGUUAUCAGCAGUGGGAUCUCAUGCUUAUGGAGAGAUGUUAUCUUCUACAUUGCAUAAAAGAGUGCAUCCAUAUCCAGUUUCUGAACCUGGAAGUGAAAGAUGGGAUGAUAAGAAAGAUGGAUGGAAAGAAAGGAUGGAUGAUUGGAAACUUCAACAAGGCAAUUUAGGCCCUGAACCUGAUGAAGAUUUUGAUGCAGCCAUGUUGGAUGUAACAAGGCAACCACUAUCAAGGAAGGUACCAAUUGCAUCUAGCAAAGUGAAUCCAUAUAGGAUGGUGAUUGUGGCGCGGCUUGUUAUUCUUGCGUUCUUUCUAAGAUAUCGAAUUCUGAACCCGGUUCAUGAUGCACUGGGGCUAUGGCUAACUUCCAUUAUAUGUGAAAUCUGGUUUGCUUUUUCAUGGAUCCUUGAUCAGUUCCCUAAAUGGUUCCCAAUUGAUAGAGAGACCUACCUUGACCGUCUUUCAAUCAGGUAUGAGCGUGAAGGUGAACCAAACAUGCUUGCUCCUGUGGAUGUGUUUGUGAGUACUGUGGACCCUAUGAAGGAACCUCCUCUUGUUACAGCAAACACUGUUCUUUCAAUCUUGGCCAUGGAUUACCCUGUUGACAAGAUAUCUUGCUACAUUUCUGAUGAUGGUGCUUCAAUGUGUACAUUUGAAGCCUUAUCAGAAACUGCAGAGUUUGCUAGGAAGUGGGUACCAUUUUGCAAGAAAUUUUCCAUAGAACCAAGGGCACCGGAGAUGUACUUCUCUGAGAAAAUUGACUACCUCAAGGACAAAGUGCAACCAACCUUUGUUAAGGAGCGGCGCGCAAUGAAGAGAGAAUAUGAAGAGUUUAAGGUGAGGAUCAAUGCACUUGUGGCUAAAGCACAGAAGGUUCCUCCAGGAGGGUGGAUCAUGCAGGAUGGGACACCAUGGCCAGGAAACAAUACUAAGGAUCAUCCUGGUAUGAUUCAAGUAUUUCUUGGCCACAGUGGAGGCCAUGACACUGAAGGAAAUGAGCUCCCUCGUCUCGUCUAUGUCUCCAGGGAGAAAAGGCCUGGUUUUCAGCACCACAAGAAAGCUGGUGCCAUGAAUGCUCUGAUUCGGGUCUCUGCUGUGCUUACAAAUGCUCCUUUCAUGCUGAACUUGGAUUGUGAUCACUAUGUCAAUAACAGCAAAGCUGUCCGAGAGGCCAUGUGCUUUUUAAUGGACCCUCAAACUGGGAAGAAAGUCUGCUAUGUCCAAUUUCCUCAGAGAUUUGAUGGUAUCGAUACACAUGAUCGGUAUGCUAACAGGAACACAGUUUUCUUUGAUAUUAACAUGAAGGGAUUGGAUGGAAUUCAGGGUCCUGUAUAUGUGGGCACAGGUUGUGUAUUCAGGAGGCAAGCUUUAUAUGGAUACAAUCCUCCAAAAGGUCCUAAACGUCCAAAAAUGGUAAGUUGUGACUGUUGUCCAUGCUUCGGAAAGCGUAAGAAGGCAAAGCAUGCAAAGAAUGAUGCAAUUGCAGAGGCUGCAAACCUUAAAGGUUCUCAUUUUUCUCUAUUCAUUAGUCACUACUAUUUGAAACUAAUUUAUAUCCAAAUUGGUUUCCCUUUACCUAUUCUAACCCCUGUCACAUGUCUCUAUAUAGCAAUGGAGGAUGACAAAGAGUUGCUCAUGUCCCAAAUGAAUUUUGAGAAGAAAUUUGGGCAGUCAUCUAUUUUUGUGACUUCAACUUUGAUGGAAGAGGGUGGUGUACCUCCUUCAUCAAGUCCAGCAAGCCAGCUUAAAGAAGCCAUUCAUGUAAUCAGUUGUGGUUAUGAAGAUAAAACUGAAUGGGGAAUUGAGCUAGGUUGGAUCUAUGGUUCUAUUACAGAGGAUAUUCUAACAGGUUUCAAGAUGCAUUGCCGUGGUUGGAGAUCCAUUUACUGCAUGCCAAAGAGAACAGCAUUCAAGGGUACUGCUCCCAUCAACUUGUCAGAUAGGCUUAACCAGGUGCUUCGUUGGGCACUUGGAUCCAUCGAGAUCUUCUUCAGUCGCCAUUGCCCGUUAUGGUAUGGCUACAAGGAAGGGAAGCUAAAGUGGCUUGAGAGAUUUGCAUAUGCAAACACAACUGUCUACCCAUUCACAUCCAUACCUCUGGUUGCAUACUGUAUUCUUCCUGCUGUCUGCUUACUCACUGACAAAUUCAUCAUGCCGCCGAUAAGCACUUUUGCUGGUUUGUACUUUGUUGCUCUCUUCUCUUCAAUCAUUGCAACUGGCAUUCUUGAGUUGAAAUGGAGUGGAGUGAGCAUUGAAGAAUGGUGGAGAAAUGAACAAUUCUGGGUCAUUGGUGGUGUAUCAGCACAUCUCUUUGCUGUCAUACAAGGUCUUCUGAAGGUGUUGGCUGGAAUUGACACCAACUUCACUGUCACAUCCAAGGCUGCAGACGAUGAAGAGUUUGGAGAGUUAUACACCUUCAAGUGGACUACUCUCUUGAUUCCUCCAACUACAAUCUUAAUAAUCAACAUUGUUGGGGUUGUUGCUGGAAUCUCAGAUGCAAUAAACAAUGGUUACCAAUCAUGGGGACCUCUCUUUGGAAAACUCUUCUUCUCCUUCUGGGUGAUUGUCCAUCUAUAUCCAUUCCUUAAAGGUUUGAUGGGUCGGCAAAACCGCACACCUACCAUAGUUGUGAUAUGGUCAGUGCUAUUGGCUUCCAUCUUCUCGUUGCUCUGGGUAAGAAUUGAUCCAUUUGUGACGAAAACUAAAGGACCUGAUACCAAGAUGUGUGGAAUAAACUGCUGAAGAUUAGUGUUCCCUUCAUAGUAUUCUUUGGUGACCAUGUUGAUGGUGUGUGCAAAUGCUUGAUUUUAAGGUAUAAUUUGUUAACCAACGAAUGUAGAUGCACAUGGAGGAAUAAGGAAAGACUGAAAGCUAUCAAGUGCAAGUGCAGUUUUGUCGUUCUUGUAAAUGUACUACAUAUAGCCUUAUGUUUUGGCUUAAAUUGCUCAAGUAUUGGAAAGUAAAUGAACUUUACAAGUUUACCGA